AUGUCGGUGUUUCAUCACCAUGCAACACCGGAUUCACGGCAACGGCACGACACCAGCGCUUUGCCGACCACAACAACAUCAUCUCCGUACGAUAGAACACAAACCACCUCGAAAACUUCUCAAUCCCCCACUAAGGCUAUCCCGCGUAAGGUGGACGAUGCAAAAUCUUCGAUGGCUUCGGCAUCAUCUCCUUCACCGUCUUCUGCUUCCGCUACCAUCACAUCCACCAAUUCGACCGUCUCAGAGUCGCAAUCCGAGUCACACUCGCCGCCACAAUUAACACCCUCAACAGCAUCUAGUACGCCGGUACAGAAACCGAUAGAAUCAGACCAGAAACCUGAUGCCACACUGAACACUUCCGAGCGACAUUCCGUCACUGGAAUGAAACUUUUCCCCAUUGAUGAACCAAUUGAUCAGCCAAAGGUUGGACCGCAUGUGAAGCGUGUUACGCCAUUGUUGAAAUCAACGGCCAAAACGAAUGCACCUCUUAUUCAAGGCUCAGUUCGAAAGGAGACAGCAAUAGCGACUCAUGCGAAUCUGCAUGGUGUAUCACCAGAGAAAGAGAUGCGAUUGAGGGAACUUUAUGAACGACUGGAUAUGGAUAAUGAUGGCACAAUCGAUAUUCGCGAUUUAACAACUGCCCUAAAACAUGAAAUGCCACAUAUUCCGAGUGUUCUUGCUCCGAAACUUUUCGAACGGAUGAAUCAAAAUGAGCGAGUGAAUUUCGCAGAGUUUGUGAAUUAUGUGGUGGAGAAGGAGAAACAUCUCGAGAUAAUUUUCCAAGAUCUCGAUCAGAAUAAAGACGGUUACAUUGAUGUUCAAGAAAUAAAACAUUAUUGUGAUGAUUUGGGUAUUCCAAUAUCUGAUAAAAAAGCACAAAGUAUUGUUGAAAGAAUGGAUCAGACGGGUUCGGCGGCUAUCGAUUUAUCCGAGUUCCAAGAUUUUAUGCUCUUCUACCCCAGCUCAGAUCCAAAAGAUAUCGCACGCUUUUGGAAGCACAAUCUUGUUAUCGAUAUCGGUGAAGAUAGUCAAGUCCCGGAGGAUUUCACGCAACAAGAAUUGAUAAGCGGUGUUUGGUGGCGGCAUCUAGUGGCUGGUGGCAUCGCCGGUGCAAUGAGUCGGACUUCAACGGCACCUUUGGAUCGAAUUAAAGUUUACAUGCAAGUUCACGCAACACGACAGAAUCGUUUGAAUCUCUAUAAAGCGGUACGAUUUCUAUUCGAAGAGGGUGGUUUGCGGUCGUUUUGGCGUGGUAAUGGUAUCAAUGUGAUCAAGAUCGCACCCGAGUCUGCAAUCAAGUUUAUGGCAUACGAGCAGACGAAACGUUUGAUACAAACGCUGAAAGACGAUCAAAAUUUGUGUAUAUACGAACGAUUCGCAGCUGGAUCAUCAGCUGGUGUCAUUUCACAAACAUUGAUUUAUCCGAUGGAGGUGUUGAAAACAAGACUCGCAUUGCGACGAACGGGGCAGUUAGAUAAAGGUUUAUUACAUUUUGCGCAUAAAAUGUACCAAAAAGAGGGAUUAAAGUGCUUUUAUAAGGGCUACGUGCCGAAUAUGUUGGGUAUAAUUCCAUAUGCAGGUAUUGAUCUAGCGAUCUAUGAAACGCUAAAAUCAUUUUACGUGAAUUUUCAAAAAGAUGUCACUGAGCCGGGAGUGUUGGCAUUGCUGGCGUGUGGUACAUGUAGUAGUACGUGUGGACAACUGGCUAGUUACCCAUUGGCGUUGGUUAGAACCAGAUUGCAAGCAAGAAUGAUCUCCGGUAAUUUGCAUCAGCCGGAUUCGAUGCUUGGGCAGUUCCAGUACAUACUCAAAAAUGAAGGUUUUUUCGGCCUUUACCGCGGUUUAGCGCCUAAUUUUCUGAAAGUUAUACCGGCCGUUGGUAUAAGUUAUGUGGUUUAUGAGAAUGUCCGGAGACAAUUGGGUGCAUCAAUGACAUAA